AUGGCGGCAAAGGCCGAACAAGAGAUGUCGUUUCUUGAAACGAAAUUGCUUUGGGUGGUCGAUGACCAUGGUAUUUGGCAUGAAGCACGAGCGCUCUUGGAUUCAGGAUCGAUGUGCAAAUUCAUUUCGGAAUCCUUAGCGCAAAAGUUGCUCACCACGAGAUCGAAGGUUAAUGUUUUGAUCGUAGGUAUCGGUCAAGCGGUACAACAGGUUAAAUGAUCCAUCGAUGCUGCAGUGUAAUCGAAGUCAGAGCGGUUUUCAACCACUAUGGAAUUUCUGAUUUUGAAAACACCGUCUGCUGCGAUUCCAAUAACACCGAUCGACACAACAUCAUGGAAGAUUCCGACUGUCUCGUUAGCAGACCCAUCAUUCCACAUCCCAGGCAAAAUAGAUAUCGUCAUCGGUAGUGAUGCAUAUUGGGAAAUGAAUACUGGCAGAAAGCGUGCACUAGGUAGAGGCAGACCAUGGUUGGUAGAGACGCCCUUCGGUUGGACAGUCUCUGGGAAUAUUUCUCACACAUCGGCUUCGAGCCAACGAUCCUGCCUCAUCACCGUUAGUCACACUUUGCUGCAAUGUUUCUGGGAAACAGAAAGCAUCCUAGUAGGUCCCGCGUUAUCUAUAGAAGAGGACCAAGGCGAGAAACAUUAUGCGACUACUACAACACGUGAUAGUCAAGCUCGAGACGUAGUAAGCUUGCCGCAUAAGACCGAUUCCAAAAUUGUUUUGGGACAAUCUAGAGCUAGAGCCGAUCGCCGGCUCGUUGCCGUUGAACGACGAUUGUUGAACAAUCCUGAAAUGGAAGUAGAAUAUAAAAGGUUCAUGUUCAAAUACGAAACAUUAGGACAUAUGAGAAAACUCACCGAACCUAUAGAUGAUAGUGCUCCGCAUUAUUAUAUCCCUCACCAUGCGGUGGUAAAGGAAACGAGUACGACCACGAAGGUACGUGUUGUCUUCGAUGCAUCCUGCAAGACAACGUCUGGAUACUCGUUAAACGAUACGCUGCUCGUAGGCCCUACAGCACAAGAUGAUUUGUUUACGAUUAGCUUGAGGUUCAGAAAGCACGCCAUAGCCCUAGUAGCAGAUGUCGAAAAGAUGUAUCUACAAGUUCAUCAUUGUGAAAGUGAUCACAAACUGCUACGCAUUCGGUACCGAGAAAGAUCUUGCGAUCCAAUCGAUGCACGAAUGGAAGGAUGGCCAAGCAGUAUCAACGCUAGGAUUGGUUUGGGAAAAAGCCAUUGA